GAUAAAUCUACAUUGUAGUAGUUUCAAAUAAAUCUAAUCAAAAAGAGAAAGGACGAAAUUUUAUUUUAUUUUGCUAUACAAAAACAUAAAACCUUGGGGCUUCAGGUUUUGAAUUGAGGUUGUUGAAUUCCCCCCCUACAAAGGAGCAAGAGCUGGAAAAGAAAGGAAAAGGAAAAGCAGAGGAAAGACCUUUCUGUUCUGUAAAAGACGGGAAAAACAGGGGAAAAAAAAAACAGGGGAAAGCGGAAAGGGAAUAGCAGGGGAGAGAACAGAGGAAGGGGAAAUCGUCAGGAAUGUCGGAACUGAAAGACCCGGCCAUUAAGCUGUUCGGGCAGACGAUAUCAUUGCCUCCAAAAGAGCUUGUUUCGCCUCCAAUACCCAGUGAUGAUGAUCAUAAUCUUGAUGUUCAAAGUUCAUCAAAGCUAGCUGUUUCUGAAGAUAUUAAGGUGGCUGAAAUCGUUUCUUAUCUAGAAUUUUAAUGAAAUCAUCAGAAUGCUUCUGGAGAUGAAGCUGCGGUGUAUAAAGACGAAGAUGAUUCAUCCAAUCCUGCCGUAGAAGAAGAAGAGCCAUCAACCGAGCCAGCAACAGAUUCCGGGAUCAGCGAUGACCACAAACAUUCUGCUGCUGACAAUGAAACUUCAUCACCUAAAGAUGAUGAUCAAAAGGAAGAUCAAGCCGAUGAUAACAGCUCUUCCUCCCAAGAAAAAACCCUGAAAAAGCCCGACAAAAUACUCCCGUGCCCCCGAUGCAAUAGCAUGGAUACCAAAUUCUGCUAUUACAACAAUUACAAUGUCAACCAGCCAAGACACUUCUGCAAGAACUGCCAGAGAUACUGGACUGCUGGUGGAACAAUGAGAAAUGUCCCCGUCGGUUCUGGUCGGCGCAAGAACAAAAACACGUGCCCGUCUCAAUAUCGGCAUAUAAUGGUAUCGGAUGCUCUGCAAGCUUCUCGAGGUGAGGGUGCAAAUGGGAUUCAGCUCCCUGUCCUGAAAUCAAAUGGAACUGUCCUCACAUUUGGUUCAGACAGACCGCUUUGUGAAUCCAUGGCCACCGUACUAAACCUAGCCGAAAGGUCUAAAAACCAAAUCCCAAAUGGUUUUCAUCAUGGUCCUGAUCAAAGACUCAACAACAUUCCAUGUGGUGGGACGACAGAAAUCGCCAAGGAUCACGCAAGCGGGAUUUCGGGCACAACCUCAAAUUCGACAGAGCAGGGGAGUGGUGAUCAUGAAUCUGUGCUAAGGAGCUCUCAAGGCUAUGUUCAACAUGCCCCGCCCUUUCCGGGUCCUCCUUGGCCUUAUCCCUGGAAUUCUCCUCAAUGGAGAGCUCCAAUUGCUGCAGCUGCUCUUGGCCCUUCUAGUUUUCCUUUGACAUUUUAUCCGGCGCCGCCUUAUUGGGGUUGCGCCGCACCAGGCCCUUGGAAUGUGUCAUGGAUUCCGCAAGCUCCUUCGUCGCCAGAUCGUUCCUCCAUGAGUACUUCUAGUCCUGGUUCCCCUACAUUAGGAAAACAUACCAGGGAUGGCAACAUUUUGACUCCGUCAAACCUGUCAAAAGAAGAGGAUUCUAAAAGGAGAGACAAUUCAGAGAGAUCCAUUUUGAUUCCAAAGACACUGAGAAUCGAUGAUCCGAAUGAAGCUGCAAAGAGCUCGAUAUGGUCAACUCUUGGGAUCAAGAAUGAAAAGACGGAUUCAAUCGGUGGUGCAAGACUGUUUAAGGCCUUCCCGACCCCAAAAGGUAACGCAAAGAAUUAUGUUGAUGAUACUUCUUUGGUUCUACAAGCAAACCCGGCCGCCUAUUCAAGAUCACAGUGCUUUCAUGAGAACUCAUAGCAUAAUGGGGACUCAAAAAAGACUUUUCAAUAAGAUAGCUUCAAGCUAGCCUCCUUCUUAUAAAUAACAACGUUGCAGAAGGGAUCGAUUCGCGCGCGGACUUGAAGAUGUUUGUAUCUAUUACUAGCUAACUUUGCAGUGCCUGAAACUAGUUGAUGAAGGUGCUGAUUGCCAGCAGAAACUCGCAAGCUCAUGGGAGAGUUUAAUUCAGUUGGCUAACUUCUUCCUUUUUCUUUUUCUUUUUACUUUUAAUACAGUACAUCUUUUUUGGUAACUGUACAAGUAGUUUCAAUCCAUAUAUGAUAUCCUGCACACCCCACAGAGUUGCGUCUUCCAACUGAGUGUAAAUAAUUUAGGCUGAAUAAGUUGAUAUUCUUAUGAAUAGAGGAUAUGUUAAUGAAUGACCAGAAGUUUAGAAUCUCCCUUUUCAUUGAUCCGUUAUUAGGAGUCCAAACGAGU